AAAGGUCAACGUGGUCUUCUUCGAGUCAACGUCUUCAUUUAUAACUAAUCCAACUCCUUCACGACAGAUUCAUGGAUCCACCAAUCGACUCGAGGUCGACCGCAUUCAACAGCGACUUUUCUUGACUCUUCUUUUUACAAGCGAAACCAACUGAGUGUAAUAAUAAAGUGUACGUCUAGCAGGUACAGCUGCAUCAAAUGUUUCAAGAACUGCGUCGUAAGAUAAGAUAGAAAGAAGACCCUCCCCUAUCUUGUUCUAGUUUUUUGUUUUUUUUUUACAACAAAAGGAAGCUAGCUCCACCUACAAGAUGGCGUACAAUCCGCAAUAUGAUGGAGGCAACCAGCAAUAUGGCACUAUGCCGAUGCAGCAAGGGGACGGUUAUUCCCAAGAGGGCGGUUAUCCCAACAUGCCGAUGGCGCCGCAAGAUCAGAACACUAUGAUGCAGCAGCCGCAGCCGCAGCCGCAGCCGUAUAUGGGAGAAGUAUCGCAGCAGCAGCCGCAGUAUGUGGGAGGAGUACCGCAGCAGCAGCAGCCGCAGCCGUAUAUGGGGGGAGUACCGCAGCAGCAGCCGCAGUAUGUGGGAGGAGUACCGCAGCAGCAGCAACAGCAGGCCUACAUGCAGCAACCGCAGCAGGUGGUGAUGCUCGCAGUGGAUGAGGCGGAAGUGAAGAGCCUCCGUUUUUGGAACUGGACUGUCUCUCUGGAGGGUCUCUUCUAUCUCUAUUUCUUCUUUGAUCUGGUGAUGAUCAUCGUGGUCAUUAAGGGUAGCAGGUUGAAGGUGUUUUUGUUACCGUUCGUUUUGCCUUUCUGAGGGGGAAAGGCAUAACGAACGGGGUCAACGAACACCAGAAGCCUACCUCUAAGGCCAAUGGCAGCGGUGAAGAUCGGUUUCAGUGGGUUCUCGGUGGGGGAGUGCUUUCGUAUAUGAUUAUGCCAUCAGAAACGCCAGCUAUUGCGGGCGUUCCCUUCGCGAUGACGAUGCUGAAGAUGAUUGUAUGGAUGAUGUUUUUUCUCCCAUCUUCAACAGACCACUAUCGAGGCUCCACCAUAGGGAGCUAUGUAUCUGUUUAUUUCAAGGGGAAAAGCAGGGUAGCUGCCUCGAUCAUGGUCUGGCUAGAAGAUGGAGGGAUCAACACCAUUCACAGACUGCUAUGGCUGGCUUCUUGGUGAUGAUGCUGGUUUUCCGCUGCGCUCGCUGCAUUAGCGACCUGCACUGGGGUCAAUUCCGCAAGUCGUGCGGUACCCUGAUCAUGAUCUCUGUUCUCGGCUCGCUAGCCGCCAUCGCGCUCCUGGCUUUAAUCGUCACCGUAGGCGUUUACGCCUACUUUGGCGCCAACUCGCCGGCUGAGGCUGGCGCUGGAUUAUAUUUCCCGAUCAUCUACUACGCGCUCUCUGUAAUCUUCGUUCUAACCGGUCUCAUCCAAAUUCUGGUCGGUUACUGCGGACUGGCUCAGAAACAGGACGAGGAAACUGCCUUGCUGAUUUAAAGAUACGAAACGACAACAACAGCAACCUACUUGGAGAGAAAGCUUCAACUGCUACUUGUUAAAGAGGAUGAAGGAAGCGUUGUAGAGCUUGGAGGCUUUCAUCUUCUAGACGGAGGAAGAGGAAACCAAAGUAGAAUAGUACCAAAGUCAUCUGUCUACGAAGUAGCAGAAGAUUCUUCAACCUCGUGAUCAGGUGAAGACAAGCAUGGAGGUUGUUGAAGAAUGAACUGAAAAUACUUAGCAGAGUAGAGAUGUUGAAAGUAGUACUAGUAGUUGGAAAAAAGAUUAAAGAUCGAACAAGAACAAAUAAGACAUAGGAUGACGUGCACGACCCGAUGACGUAGGACACUGUGCGAAACAAGCGGAAGCGUAGAGGUCCGUAGCAGCUGCGCUAACGAGUCUCUGGUGCAGCUGCUGCGGACCUCCACCUAGCAGGUACAGCUGAACUAGAGGUCCUGCGAAAUCUCAAGUUCAGGUCGAAGGUCUCAAGAGCAGGUCGAAGCAUUCAUUCCUUUGCCUAUUGGUGUAGUUGGUGUAAGUGAAGAUCCUACGCAUCUAGAAGAUCGACUGUAUGUACAUGCAUGUUUGCCAUUUUCACAUCUGUCGUGACUAAAACAAUAAGUACUGAUUGAGAAUUAAUGAUAAUAGAAUUAACGAACGAGAUGACCAAGAACUACUAUUACGGGAUAAUUAAUGAUUCAUUGAUCUAUGCAGCCUACAACUGUUGUACAACAUGACAACAGAAGAUUAGACAGCAACCACGCCUUCUUCUUCACUAGACUUAAGCUUCACUAUGCUGCAUAGCCAUAGUACUACUAGAACUCUUGCAAAUUCUAAAUGUGCAUGCAACUCUAAUUGAAAAAAAAAGAGUUAUAUGCUUAUGAUUGUAAAAAACGAUAUCUAGAGGCUCCAGGAGUCAGACAAGAUGAAGUACAAAAAGGGGAAAAGUCAUAAUCUAUCAUCGAGACUGCUCAAAAAAACAUAAGUUGCAAAACACAAAACAUGAACUGAAUUUCAGCCUGGUUGUUGGGACACCAGGAGGACACCAGGUGGAGGGUGGCACAUAUCCUAGGUCAUUGCAUGCUCGUUGAGAAGCUUAAAGUCUGAGGAGGGAGAAUCCUAAGUACAAGAACACUACACAGUCAUGAUAGUCCUCUGAGGAAGGAGAAUCAGACUACAUUGUACAGAGCAACAUUAAACAGAGGUCGCUUAAGAUGAAGGAGCAUAUCCGCGCUGCAGAGGUACAGGAAGAGAAUGAAGUAGAAUGCGAGCUACCACUGGCUCAUCUGUUGAGCAUGAGCAUCGUGAUUCUGUUGAGAACAAGGAGGCUUUAUGUGCAC